UUAUAUCACCAAUCAAUACCUAAACUUCUUUAAGAAACAACAAACUUAGCUACCCUUCAAAAAAACUUAGCUACCCUUCAAGAAAAAAACUUAGCUCUAAAUGGUACUUUUGGUAGAAAGACUUGGCAAAUUAUACUCCAAACUGGAGAAUUUGCAUCAUCACCACCGCGAUCACGACCCGGAAGCCUUAUCGGCUUCUUUACGGGCGUUUAGAUCGGAAAUUUCGAGUUCGGUAACUCAAUUGUUAUCGAACUCGAAGCCCGGAGGAUUUGAUAUUCUAUCCUUGGAAUGGAUUCAGAAAUGUUUUCAGGUGUUGCCCUCUAUCAACAAGGCUUUUGCCAAGCUUGUUGUGGAGAUAGAAUAUGAUAUGAGUGAAUGGAAGGAAAUUUCCAUGGAAGCUUAUCUCAACUAUAGCUUGGAGAUUUUGGAUCUUUUUAACUCGAUUAGUUCUUCAAUCUCUUAUCUAGAGCAAUCUAGAGUUUCUUUCUCUCAUGCUUUGAGUGUUGUUCAAGCUUCUCCGAAUUCCUCGGGGAUUGACCGGCUCAGGGCGAUCGAGUUCAAGAGGUCAGGUGGUGGUGGAAAUAAGUUUAAAGUUCAAGAAAACGAGGAAGAUCGGAAAGAGGGAUCGUGUAGCUCGGGGAAAGAACGGGUUGUUCUUCAAGCUUUAAUGGAAAUGAGAAGUGUAGAGCUUUGGCUAUGCAGUAUUAUGAUGGUUGGUUUGUCUGGUGAAUCAAAGAUAUACUUGCAGAUGAGAAAAUCAGCUGGAGUUUUAUCAAACCCGAGUUUGGUCAAUCUUGAUUCGGUGAUUUCAGGAGUUGUAAUCGCGAAAAGAUGUGUGUUGAAAGAGGUAAAAGAGCUGAAAGAUUCGGGUCUUUUCGUUGCUGCUGCGGUUUCCGCAGGCGAGAACCGCAGCAGAGAUGCAGCAGAAGAGAUGCAGAGAAAAUUGGAGGUGUUUGAGAAUCUGCUGGAUGGUUUAGGAAAGACUGUGAACAGUCUCUUCUCUGAUGUGUUAGCUAGGAGAAACCAGUUGCUUAAUGGUAUUCGAUUUCGGAAACAGUAAUAGCUUAACGAUUUCGGAAACAGUAGCAACAAUGAUUACAAGUUUCUACCUACUGUUUGUCUAUAAAUAUGCUGUAUAUAGAAAUAGAUUUACUUUAAUUGUAAGCUGCAAAGCAAAUUUUAUAAAUAUAUAUACACUUUUGAUCA